ACGCUCUAUAAAAGCAAAAUCGCAGCCGCUAGGGUUUCUCUAGUCCGCCGGUGUCGCUCCGCAUCUCCCAGCAGGUAAGGUUGAGCAGCCUGCCCUGUUGAGAAACUGCAAUGGCGCCUAAAGCUCCCCCUAAGAAGGCUGAUAGCAAGGCUCAAGCCUUGAAGGUUGCCAAGGCUAUUAAGUCUGGAUCCACCAAGAGGAAGGCCAAGAAGAUCCGCACAUCUGUGACGUUUCACCGGCCGAAGACCUUCAAGAAGCCAAGGGACCCCAAGUACCCAAGAGUCAGUGCACCUGGGAGGAACAAGCUUGAUCAGUACCAAAUCCUCAAAUACCCCCUUACGACCGAGUCUGCGAUGAAGAAGAUUGAAGACAACAACACCCUUGUCUUCAUCGUCGACCUCAAGGCGGACAAGAAGAAGAUCAAGGCAGCCGUUAAGAAGAUGUAUGACAUCCAGGCGAAGAAGGUCAACACUCUGAUCAGGCCUGAUGGCAAGAAGAAGGCUUACGUGAAGCUUACACCAGACUAUGACGCUCUUGAUGUGGCCAACAAGAUCGGCAUCAUCUAAAUUUUGUAGUUUUGUGUGCCAGUGUGUUGCAGUUUCGGAGAUUUGGUGGGCUAGGUCUUAUCUGUUUGGACAGAACCGCAUAGCUAAGCCUGAGUACCCUUUUUCUGCUUGUGAACUGGUACCGAUGAUGGAAAUUUGCAAUGUUCAAGUUCUGCAUUUGAAUUUUAUUGUUGGAUGUUUGCACUUA